AUGCCCCCCUCGCGCAACACCAUGUCCACCACCACCCCGAAGUGGUUCAAAGGGGCGCCCUUCGGGGUGCAGAGUCACAGGUUUGAUGUCUCUUCUGUUUAUCCCAACAAGAAGAAGUUAAGCACCUUCACAGAGGCCCCGUACUCCAGGCAUCAUUCUGUGGAACAGGCCCAUAUAGGACCUGGGACCUAUAACUCCAAGGAUACGUGCUUCAGUAAGAAGUUUCUGGAACAGAAGUUGGGCACGGGCUGGGCUCGGGCCCAAGAAGCCACUCGGCUGACCCAGCUACCCCACUUCCAGUACCAGUCCAUCAUGAAGGAAAGACAGCAGCAGGUGCACAAGCUGGGGCCUGGCUCCUACAACUUCAAAGACUUCUUAACCCAGCUGCAGCAGAGACCACAGAGCAGGCGCGGGCUGCUCAGCUCCGGGGAGACCCGCUUCCGAGGACUCAUCGGGAACUAUUAUCCAGGCCCUGGAAACUACGGGGAGAAGGGUAACCCAUACACACGGCUGGAGGAGAACGCCUGGAACCGCUCACAUUCCGAGGGCCUUAUGUGUCGGAUGUCCAACAAGCCGCCCCCCUUAUCUCACCAGGGCAGUGGCCUGGGACCUGGGACCUACACCAUCAAAAGUGGCAUCGAGAGCUAUGUGGCACGAUCCACUGGUACUCGUGGCCCCUAUGACAUUUUCUCUGGUGAACGAAGCAAGCCUGUGCCGUAUGGACAUUAUUCCACGCAGAAAAAGAAACCCCGGGAACCAACGAGUUACAAGAGCUUCGUGGACGAACUUAGCUCAGCUCACAACAAGAAACGUGGGGUUUUUUCAAAAUAUCCCCGAGAACCGAAAAAUCCCACAGAGAGAAUUUUUUGGACUACCCUUAGUCAGUACCCCAGAAAUAUGGAUAUAGCUGGCCCUGGUUCUUGGACUCCUCAUGAGACGGAACAGAAACACGUCAAUCGGCCACCAUUCCUCCUGGCCUCCAAGCGCUCAGGCAAUAAGGCCUACCAGAUGAUUAUGGGAAGCUGGAACCCAGUUGGGGUAGGCCGCUACCUCAACACCACGCUAAUGGAGACCAAAGACAGACGGCAGCGAUACCGCUCUCUGUUCCUGAACGGAUCCAAGCGCUACCUGCAAGACCUAAGCCGAGACCAACUCAUGCAGGAACGGAUUACACCUUUUACAAAGGGCAAAUGCCCUCCAACUGUGGAUUACAAUUCAGAUCCUGUCCCUUAAAGUCACUCGCCGAGGACAGCCUGAUGCGACCAGAGGGCCCAGGGCCUGAAGAGAAAUCUCGGGAUGGGAGGAUGGGAAAGGAAGCAGGGGUCUCGGAGAAUGCCUGGGAGAGGGGAGAGACCAGGAGGGUCACCUUUGCGGCAGCCCUGUGGCCAAAAGUCACAAAGUCUGCUGGGACAGUGGGGGGCCAGGUAUCUUGUUACAAGAGAUCCAUUGUCCUGAGCAUUCCAGUCAGCUGGUGACAUGAAUUUGGGAGCCAGACAGUAGGUGGGGGGAAGAGGGGCAUGUGGGUGACUCCCUGGAAACCUUCCAUUAUUAAGCCAGAGCGUGGGUACCCAGCUCAUUGUUGUCCCAGAGGAGGUGGGAGCGGAACAUUUGCCACGCAGCAGUCUAGGCCCCUGCAGGAACACCCCACCUCCAUGCUAGGAUGCUUCGGGAAGCUCAACAGGGCUUCCUGCAAGGAGGAGACUGCAGACCUCCAGGCAGUGUCCGGCAACUGAAAGAGCCUCUGCACCCCAGAGUCAGCACUGUGGGCA